AUGCCCCUGAUCGUACUCGCGCAGAAGUUCGUGGCUACCUUGCUACAAAAAAACGGACUUGACAUUGCUCUCGCUGACGAGCUACAAAGAUCAUUUGCAUGGAUCCCUCCCCUCACAACAGACUCUGAUGACCAGGAUUAUCUUGCGGGUCUGGAAUCAAUUACAGAUGAGGAGUUGGUGGAUGAAUUUGAAAGAUUUGAGCGCGAGAUGCGUUUGUUUGCAGGUGAUGUGCCGGAUGUUCUGGAUGGCGGCCUCAUUGACUGGAGUGAGCUAGAAAGGGUUAACAAAGGUAUCACACCAACUGGCUUCAUUAAAGAGACUGAGAAGGCAUAG